UUAUUUUUAUUUUUAACGAAAUAUUAUGAAUUUUUGACUAAAAAUCUAUUUUAUUGAGAAAAAUGAAAAUAAUUGCGUUGUAUUUGGAAGCAUAGAGUUUGGGAGAGCAAAACCUUUUAUAUUAAUAGUGCUUUUUGAACGAAUUACACAAACCGGUGAAUUUGUAUUUUUUUUGUGUACAACAGCUUUGCAAUAUUACAUAGGUACUAGGAUAUUUUAGAAACUCAGGGUUUAGGUCUGGUUUAGGUAUGGAUUUUAGUUCUCUAAACCCCAAUUCAUCGAACCCGUUGAAUCUCGCCGCAAGGAACAAUGAUGUUAAGAAUGUCGAAAAACUGCUCCAAAAAAUUAAUCCUAACUGUGUUGAUAACAGAGGAUGGACGUGUCUUCACGAGGCCGCCGCUAAAGACAGCUAUGAGAGCCUUUUACUCAUUUUGAAACAUAAGGAUAUUAGGCCUUUGGCUGAAACACACGAAGGGCACACAGCCCUGUACCUGGCGUGUCGAUAUAAAAGCUCCUUAAAAACAAUUCAAGCAUUACUAGACAGUGUACCUGACAUAGCGAACUAUGGAAGCACAGAGAAUGUGACGCCCCUACAUGUUGCAAGUGCUCAAGGUAGACUUGAAGUGAUUCAGCUACUGAUUGAAUAUGGAGCAAUGUGUAAUGUGCAAGAUUUUGAUGGUGACACCCCUUUACAUGAUGCAGCUCUCAGUACUCAGUAUGAGGCAGUUGACUUGCUACUGCAUGUUGGAGCUGAUCCUGAAAUAAGAAACGAGGCAGACUAUACACCCUUCCAUUUAGCAUGUUACAAAGGAUGCUAUCAAACAGUAAAGAAGAUUUACCCUUUUAUCAUUGAUGUCAAUCAGGUUACUGUGAAUGGUGAUAGCCCAUUGAUAUUAGCUACACAAGGGUGUAGUGAGAGUAUUGUGAAAUUCUUACUUGAAAAUGGUGCAGAUCCACAUUUAAAGAAUAAACAUGGAGAUUUAGCACUAGCCAUGGCGUUAAACAUGGGACAUAGUCCAAAUUUUAAAAUUCUACUUUCAGUCACUAGUCCCAGUAUAAUAAACCAAAAUAUAAUUUUAUAUGCAUGCAAGCCUCACUUCUUCAAAAUGGAAAUACUCGAAAGUCUCUUGACCUAUGAUUUCGGUCCAGAAUUCUUUGACUUCUUUGAACAAUUCCAUGUAACUCUAGAGCAACUUGGUGAAUACAAGCCACUUUACCUCACUAAUGCACCAAUCAAUUCAUAUUUAAAUAUAUCCGAUUAUGUAUACAACAGGUUUCGCGAGAAGUUCAGAGAGUUUUUCUAUCUAUUCCUAAUGAGAGGUCUAUCGGUAGAUGCUGUUGAUGUGAUUGAAUGCCCACCUUUGGUGUACAUCCAUUACUGUAUGCAUGCUUACUGCUUUGAAGAUGUAUUCAAAAUCCUCAGAGAGCAUGGUUGCAAUGUAGACUACAGCAGUAUGAUGACAUGCUUCAACAAAAGUCAGUACAUACCAGAUGCAUUUCUUGCAUCCCUCACAUCAGACCCUUACACACUGACAGUGUUGAUACCACACAGUCUGUACUGUGAUCCUGAAUACUUGUUGAAGUUUGCUUGUGUGAACGGGCUCUUAGGAAGAAUAUCACCGAAUGUACAAGACGAAUUAUUGUUAAUGAUUGACGAUGAUGAAGAUCUGACACCUGAAUUAUUACCUUACACUGUGUUAUCUUUAAAGCACCUGUGUCGACAAACGAUUAGGUCUUUAAUAAGAAAUUCUAGAGAAAGUUGGAUAACAACAAAUCAAUUCUUUUAUAUUCUCAACCAAAUAAAUAUACCUCAGUUGUUAAAAGACUACUUACGUUUUGCUUAGGAAAUGUUUUUAGUUACGUUGUCAUUGUUUUAAGGUUUGCUUGCAUGAGGGCACUUAUACCAAUUUAAUUAACAAAAAAAAAACACUUUU